AUGGAAUUUUAGUGUUGUUAAUGUUCGAUAGAGUUCAAUCAGACUGAUCAUUCGCCUCUUGUCUUGCCAAGCUGUGGUCAUUCCAUUUGUUUGUCUUGUGUCAAUUAAUAUACAUCUGGGGAGUAAUCCUUGGUUUGCAAAGAAGACGGGUACACAUCUAUUAGAUUUAUUUAAGAAUAUAAUGCAAUGUCCAAAGAGACAUCAAAUGUUUCCCCCAUAAUUAAAGCAUUAUUACAUUAUUAAAGAAACGUCGAUCAUCAGCUAGAUGUAUAACUACCAUUCAAACUCCUGAUGAACAACAACAAUCAAUUCACAAUUAGACCAAGGAUGUUAGCGAUUUCUCAAGUGAAAAAGGACUUUCUUAAUCUUAAUCAAUGGAAGCAUUGCCUAAAGCUAGUCUUUGUAAAUUGCAUCAGAAGGAACUAGAAUUAGUGUGUAAGGAAGAUGGUUAGUAUAUAUGUGUAAAUUGUGCAUUAUUUGGUCCGCAUAAAUUUCAUAAUUAUCUUCCCAUCGAAUAGUAUCUCAAAUAAAUAGAGUCAGCAGUUCAAUAAAUAUCCAAUGUUUACAAACAAAUACAAACUGAAAGAAAUAGUUAAGAGUAGUUUAAACAAUUACUGAUUCUUGGACUUAAUUAAUAAUAAAAUUGUUUAAAAUCUCUUAUAGAAUUAUAAUUCGAUGACCUUAUCAAAUCAAUCGGAGAUAUUAAAUUAUAAGUUUUGCAUAAGAUAGAGCUUAANAAAUAAUGA